UCAGUUGUGUUUUAGCAUUAGAAGAAUCAAGAUCUUAUUCUUAUUCCUAUCAGUUCUGUGUUCAAAAAUUGGAUUUUUGCUUUGUGGAAUUGAAUUUAAAAGCGCUUUAGCGACAGAGUCUUGAGAAAGAUGGAUUGCUUUACAUCUCCUUGUGCUAAUCUCAGUACUGGAGCUGCUAAUCAGUUCCUGUCGCUUCUUUUCAACUACCUGGCGGUAGCACAAUGUUCUCUUUCACCUCCUGAAAUGUGGCCUGCAGACUAUGGGGACAUUGCCAUUAAACGAGGGUUUGAGGAGUACGACUUCAUCAUCGUUGGAGCCGGUUCAGCUGGAUGUGUUCUUGCCAAUCGUCUUAGCGAAAAUCCAGAAUGGAAGGUUUUAUUGCUGGAAGCAGGAGGAGACCCACCAAUUGAGUCAACUAUCCCAAGACUCUUCUUCCCAUUGCAAGUCCCACCAUAUGAUUGGCAAUAUUAUGUUGAACGUUCACCGAAUUACAGUUUAUUCUCAAGGAAUGGCGAUUUCUGGCCAAGAGGGAAAAUGCUAGGUGGAUGUAGUUCACUUAAUGUAAUGUUCUAUGUGAGAGGAAACGAUGAUGACUACAACAAUUGGGAAAGACUUGGAAAUCCAACAUGGGGAUGGGAUAAUGUGCUGCCUUAUUUCAAGAAAUCCGAAAGGAAUAUUGAUCCAGAAAUUGCUAAUGCCUUUGGAGGAUAUUACCAUUCAACAGAUGGACCAAUGAUUGUCUCCCUGUACAACAGUGAUGAGCCAAUUAACUACCUCAUUGCCCAAGGGGCUCAGGAAUUAGGCUUUGAAUUUUUACAGGAUAUUAAUGCGAAUAAGCAUACUGGAUUUGUAUUUUCUCAAGGAACUAUUAAUGCAGGAACAAGAGUAAGUACACUUACUGCAUUCCUAGUUCCAGCCAUGAACCGUCCGAAUCUGCAUAUCGUAAAGAAUGCUCACGUUACAAAUCUUGAAUAUAAUGGCGAUGGUGUAGUUAAUGGAGUAAGGAUGAUUCUCAGAGGAGAACAAGCAUUAAGUGCCUACGCAAGGAAUGAGGUAAUCGUAAGUGCCGGCACAAUAAACUCUCCUCAAAUCCUAAUGUUAUCUGGAAUUGGACCAGCUCCUCAUCUCCAGGAAAUGAAUAUACCUGUAGUACGAGAUCUUCCGGGAGUUGGAAAAAAUCUACAAGAUCACCCUGCUGUUCCUAUUGUGAUAAAGCUUAAUAAGUCUACAGCAGUCUCCAUAACUGCUGCAGAAAUAGCUCAAGCUUUCUUCCAGUAUUUAACAACUCAUACCGGAUACUUUGCUACUAUUGGAGCACUUCAAACUAUAGGAUACGUCAAUGUGCAAGAUCCUUUUGCAAAAUAUCCCGAUAUCCAGUACUAUCACAUUGCAUUCCAGAAAGGACAAGUGGAUGAUAUUGUUUCAAUGUACCGAAUUGUUGGUUACAUCGAUGCUCUUGCAGAAGCAGCUGGCCAAGCAGUACAAGAAACUAAUAUCCUCAUUGUUCCAGUUACACUGUUAACACAAGAAUCUCGUGGAGAAAUCCUCUUAAGGAGUGCAGAACCAACUGAGAAACCACGCAUUUUUGCCAAUUAUUUAGCAGAAUAUGCGGACACAGAUGCCCUCAUCAAGGGUAUUCGACUCUACAUUAAGUUCUUAACAACGGAAAUUUUCCGUGCUAAUGAAGCUGAAUUGUUCAUAAUCCCCAUUCCUGAAUGUGAUGUUCAUGCAUAUGAUUCUGAUGAAUAUUGGGCAUGCUAUUGCAAGUACAUGAUAACAACAAUCUUCCAUCCAGUGGGUACAGAUAAAAUGGGUCCUGACACGGAUCCUGACGCCGUUGUUGACUACAGAUUGAAAGUAAAAGGCACCACAGGCUUAAGAGUUAUUGAUGCAAGCAUUAUGCCACGAAUUCCAAGAGGAAAUACGAAUGCUCCAACAAUUAUGAUUGCAGAGAAAGGAGCUGAUUUUAUUAAAGAGGAUUGGGGCUACAUUCGAUGAAAGAAAAAUUUUAUUCGAAAACAAAAUUCACAAAACUCAAUGAUGUUCAACUGAAGUGAAAAAUUUUCUCAGAAUGAUGUAAGACAAGAGCAAUGUAGCAAAUAAAGUAUAAAGAAAAAAACAG